AUGUGUAAAGAGUAUGAGUCUGUUCAUGAGUAUACAUAGAAAUGUUGCAAACAGUUAAUAAUGUGGUUGGGGAGGAGGUAGGAUUGACAUUAUAAUACCAUAAUAUGAAAUUCAAAGGAGUUUAGAUUACUCACUGAUACCUAUGUUUAAAAUCAGUCUUUGAAAACUGGUGAUUUCAGAAGCAGACUAGUAGCAAAACCUAUGUGGAGUAAUAGUUCCUGCAGACUGGUUUGAUGCCUAAAGUACUAAGUAUCAAAAAUUGCAAUGGCUAAGCUGUCUAAAAAUGCCCAGUUCUUUCCUUACUGCUUUGGUGAGUAAAGCUUAGUGAAAGGAGGGCCUAACACCAAAAUACUUUUCCAGGAGCAUGGGACAAUGUCCUAAGAUUUCCAGAUACCUUGUAUACAAAUAUGGAAUAAAUAAUCAUCUCCUGCCCCUAUCGAUAACUUCCUCUGAGCAGCAGGAAUGAUGGUUUUUUCUUCUUUGUCACAUCUCAUCAUGACAUAGACUGGUAUAAUUUUCAUUUUGUUUGCAUUUUUGCCUUCAAGACAGCAAUUCAGAUAAGUUCUGAAGUCUAGUUUCCCCUCUGUGAAAGACCACAAUCCUUUUCAGUAUAUGUUAAGAAGCAGUAUGUGACUGCAGUGUUUGUUCAUUGUAGUAGUCCUGCCAAAAAACUAAGAAGAAAAUGCAUGGCUGGUAACCUUAACAUGCAUCAAUAGCCUUAUGCAGCGAGGCAGGAUACCAUACUGGGAUUAUACAGAGUGGAAGAUGCUGUGCAAGGCAUGUAAAAUAAUCUCUCUACUGCAUUUAGCAUUAGUGAAGCCUCAGCAGGAGCAGUGUGUCAUUUGGAGCACUGGAGUUCAAAAAAAAUGGGUGGCUCAAGGCAGAACAGCUAGAGGAAAUCAGCAAGAAUGAGCAUAGAUCAAGAAACAAAAAAUAGCCUACUUGGAAACACAGAGCAGGAGAGAGCUUUAGGUUUUUUUAAUCUAGGUAAUAGGACUGAAGAGAAAUGUUUGUCCCAGGAAGUGUUGGAAGUUCCUGCAGUGAAGGAGUGGUUGUCUGUGCCUUCUGCUAAUGAAGAAGGGAAGAGGCAAGGGGACUAACCUUGUCUGUUGUGUUAGAAGGAAAGGAACAACACUGCAGUGGAGAAGAGUCAAAGAAAGAAGAUUGCAUGGGAAUUGUGCAGCCUUCAUCACCAGAGACUUCAGGAUCAGAGUGAACGUGAGCAGUAUUGUGUGAGAUCAGGCAGAUGGGUAAAGAAACCUGCUAAUAUUUUAGUUAUGGGUGAAGGUCCUGAGCGAGGAAGAGUAAAAAUUGCUGACAUGGGCUUUGCCCGAUUAUUUAAUUCACCUCUGAAGCCUUUAGCAGACUUGGAUCCAGUAGUUGUAACCUUCUGGUAUCGAGCUCCAGAGUUGCUUCUUGGAGCAAGGCAUUAUACCAAAGCUAUUGAUAUUUGGGCCAUAGGGUGUAUAUUUGCAGAGCUGCUAACAUCAGAGCCAAUAUUCCAUUGUCGACAAGAAGAUAUCAAAACUAGUAAUCCUUAUCACCAUGACCAGCUGGACAGAAUAUUCAAUGUAAUGGGAUUUCCUGCAGAUAAAGAUUGGGAAGACAUAAAAAAGAUGCCAGAACAUUCAACCUUAAUGAAAGAUUUCCGGAGGAACACGUAUACCAACUGCAGCCUUAUCAAAUAUAUGGAAAAACACAAAGUUAAACCCGAUAGUAAGGCAUUCCACUUGCUUCAGAAAUUGCUCACUAUGGAUCCAAUAAAGAGAAUUACCUCAGAACAGGCUAUGCAGGAUCCUUACUUCUUGGAAGAUCCUCUUCCCACGUCUGAUGUUUUUGCAGGUUGUCAAAUCCCUUACCCAAAACGAGAAUUUUUAACAGAAGAAGAACCAGAUGAUAAAGGAGACAAAAAGAACCAGCAGCAGCAGCAGGGCAAUAACCAUACUAAUGGAACUGGUCAUCCAGGGAACCAAGACAACAGUCACACACAGGGACCCCCACUGAAAAAAGUGAGAGUUGUUCCUCCUACCACUACCUCAGGUGGACUUAUUAUGACCUCAGACUAUCAGCGUUCCAACCCCCAUGCUGCCUACCCCAACCCCGGACCAAGCACAUCGCAGCCACAGAGCAGCAUGGGAUACUCAGCUACCUCCCAGCAGCCGCCGCAGUACUCGCACCAGACGCACCGGUACUGAGCUGCACCCGGUGCAGGCGAUGCGCUGCGUGCCAGGAGCCCGCCUUGGGCCACAGAAUGUACUGUACAACCACACCUCCCACCUGUCCAACCGCCACGGGGCCGGGGGCUCCCACCUUGUACCUGGUUUUGGGGUUAGACUUGAAAAGAAAGUGCUAGCACGGUUUGUGUUGUGGAUAUGCUACUUCUGUAGUUUACUUGACAUGGUUCAGACUGACCGAUGCAUUUUUUUCAGUGACAGUCUGUAGCAGGUGAAGCUGUGAAAUGUGCUAGGGGCAAGCAUUUUUGUUGUCGUAUGUGGUGAAUUCUCUUGAUGUAACAACUUCAUCUGACCAAUAGUACACGACAUCUUUGAACUGGUACUUGAAGCAUACAGUAUAUGUUACCCAUGGCAAAAAAGCAAACUAACCGUAACUCUGAGACAGUUUUGAUAGACAUUUAUUUUUAGUGACUUUUGUGGGUUGGUUCAUUUUCCAGCUAGAUCGAUGUUUUAUGACCGACAUGAUUGCUACGAUGAGAUUUUUUUAAGAACAUGGAAGCGUUUGCAUUUUUUCCCAGCAAUUUACAAGCGUCCCAAAGAUUUAUUUCCAACAUAAGUUUUUGUUUUUGUUUUGAAAUCUAUGACUUGACUGGUAUUAAAGCUGCUAUUUGAUAGUAAAAUAAGUAUGUUGUCAUUGAUAUAAACAUGUUUGGUUCAGCAAACCAACUGAAAUGAUUGUCAUAGACAGUGUUUUAUUUUUUUCCUGUUGGUGUUAAUGAUUUGUGAGCAUGCUUUGGGAUUAAAAAAGCAUGAAUGAUAUUUCCUAAAAGGUGCGGCAUCCAUUCAGAUAUUUUGUCAUGAUUUUUGAGAACCAGCUUGGUGUAGUGGAUUUUAAAUUUUGUUCGGUUAUUUUAUUGUUUUUAAUGUUCGCACGUUGUUUAGGGGUGCCAUUCCUACUGCAGAGGAACAAGAUGUUAGAAGAGCCUUAGAAUUUAUGAGGAAAAACUUACAUACAAUGUACUGUAUCAAACUAUUUUACAUGAAUGACACAAGUAUUCUGAGUAAAAAAAAUCAAACAUUGUUAAAACAAGGUGUUAUGUAAUAAAUUUAUUUUUCAUAAAUCUGCA